AUGGUGACCAUGGUGCAAGGAGGUGAGAUGGACUGUGGUCCAACCUGCGUUCGCAUUUUGACCAAGGCCAUCAGUGGAACAGAUCUUGGCAAAGCUCUGUGCGACGAAGCCUCUGAACUUUUGCCCGGCAGAUGUGUAGAAACUCGUCAGCUGGCCCUGGCCCUUGGCCGGCUGCUGUCCCCUGAGCAUACACGGAUCUCCUUCUGCUUUCUCUUCACGGAAGCUUGGGGAUUUGAUUUUUAUCAACGCUUCAAGGCUGAGCUGCAGGAGGAUCGUCGCGAAAGUAUGCUGCGCUUCUACCAGGAAGCGGCCAAGUUGGACCUGUCGGCUGAGAGCAGAUCAGUGUCACUGGAGGAAAUCCGAUCUUUCUUCGCUCCACAAGCGGAUUACGAGUUUCCGGAGUUUUCUUGCCGUGCAGCCAUCGUUCUACUGGACUGGAGUGUUGUGGCAAGUUUUCUGACAGAGUCUGGGAAAGGAGUCAAGUUGGAAAACAUCGAACUGAGCAGUAACUAUUUUGGGCAUUUUUGCGUUUUGAUCAACAUCAAGGGAGACGAGGCCUUUUUGAUCGAUCCCAGUUCGGAGGACGGAUCUGAAAAGUUUCGAUCACAUCCAGUAAAGGGCGGUCGCUUGAGGAGGCUUCCAUUGAAAGUCUUUGAAGCGGCGCGGAGAUCGCCUGGUACAGAUGAAGAUGUCGUGAUGGUGAGUUGGCUUCCCGAACCCAAGAUCUCCUAUCUUCGAGAGAAACCAUCUUGGCAGUUGCCUGAUGCAUUGCUGUCUGCUUGUUAUCAGGGCAAGAGCAGGAUGGUUUUGGAUCUCUUGAAAUCUGCAGCUUCCGAAGUCAGAAAACUACGAACGACGCCGUUGAUUGUGGCAUCCUGGCGUGGCCAUGCUGAUGUGGCUGGCGUGCUGCUUGAGCGAAGGGCGAAUCCAAAUGAGGCGGAGCCAACCACGGCUCUGUGGUUUGCAGCGGAAGGUGGACAUAUGGAGGUUCUAAGGCUGCUAUUGCACUACCGUGGCUCUGUGAACAUCACCGACUCGGCUGGACGAAGUCCUCUAUGGGCAGCUUCCAAGCAUGGCCACCUCUUAGUUGCGAAACAGCUGUUGCUGGAGGGUUCCAAUGUGGAGAUCGAUGGUUCCGUCGAGGGAACAGCCCUUUCUGUUGCGGCUGAAAGAGGUCAUAAAGAACUGGUGAGGCUCCUGUUGGAGUGGCGUGCGGCCGUGGACAUGGUCAACGGACAGGGCGCCACACCGUUGCUGAUUGCAGCUGAAGCUGGUCAUUCUGAAGUUCUCUUAGCCUUUUUACGUGGAGGCGAAGAGACCUCGAGCAACGGUUCCAUGUCGCUGUUGGCGGCACGGAACCGAAAGGAGGCCACGGCUUUGCACUUGGCGGCUGAGAGAGGUCAUUUGACUGCAGCUGAGUUGUUGUUGACAUGGCGAGCGGAGGUAGAUGCCGGGAACCUACACGAUGCCUCCCCUUUGAUGCUGGCCGCGGAAGGAGGCUUCGAGGAUGUGGUUGAUCUUCUGAUUCGACAUGGAGCCGCUGUGGACAAGAGGAACAAGGAAGGCUCAACGGCUUUGACCCUGGCGAGACAUUACCGACACAGGAAGGUGGCGAGCUUGUUGGAAGCGACUCUUGCCACGGAACAAAAAGUAGCUGCGCUGAGUGGGCUGCACUUUUCAACAAAUGCUGUGAAUCCAACUGAUGCUAAAUUUCGUUCCAAAAUCACUUACUUCGAGUCAUUUCGGAGUCAUUUGCAAGGUUUGUCUGUUGUGAUAGCGUCCGACCAGCAGGGCAUCAUGCAGAGCACUGAAGCGAAGUACGGCUGUAGCGGCUUCUGCAAGGCCUUAGAGCCUCGGAGCCAUUUUUUGUUCACUGGAAACUUUCGAAACAGUUAA